UGUCACUUCUAAACAGCGUUCAUUACUUUUUUGACUGGUAUUCCACAGCAAUAUUUUUUCACGCCAAGGAAGGCGCCAAAUUAGGACGUAGCUAACUUUAUUUUAGAUAUAAGUUCAGAACAAGUGCUAUAUCACUAAUUUUAUUGGAAUGAGGUACGGAAUGGAAAGACGCAAAAGCCGCAGCAGAUCAAGAAGUCCACACCAUCGUUAUUCACGUGAAAGAAGAAGGCAUCACAAAAGUCCGAAGAGGUACAACAGGCACUACAGAGGCUCCUCAGGAACAAGAACAUUAAAGCGAUCAUAUGACAGAGAAGUCCGACUGCAACAAUAUUAUCAAUAUGACAAGAAAAAAGAGAGUGGUCUUCGGCAUCAUCGUGGUAGUAAGAAAAAUGGCUACAUACAUAGAAAUGAAGACAGUCACAACUGCAACUCAGGAAGCAGAUCAUCUAGCAUCAGCAGCCAUCAUAGCAGGCAAUCAAGUCAUGUGAGAGACGAUAGAGACGGUCAUCUAAUAUACAGAGCAGGGGAUUUGCUGCUAAAUAGAUAUGAGAUUAGGUCGUUACUUGGUGAAGGAACUUUUGGAAAAUGUCUUGAAUGUUAUGAUAGAAAAAGAGAUAAACAUGUUGCAAUAAAAAUCAUUAAAAAUAUUGAAAGAUACAGGGAAGCCGCCAGAUUGGAAAUUUUGGUCCUUGAAAAAUUAGCUAAAAAAGACCCUGAUAAUAAAAAUUUAUGCAUCAAAUUACUUGGUGCUUUUGAUUAUCAUAAACACAUUUGUUUGGUGUUUCCCAAACUUGGAAAAAGUGUAUUUGAUUUUAUGAAAGAAAAUGUUUAUCAACCAUAUACGAUGCCACAAGUACAACACAUUGCAGAACAGUUACUUACAUCUAUCAAUUUUCUUCACAGUAUCAAACUGACACACACUGAUUUAAAACCUGAAAAUAUGUUAUUUGUUGAUUCAUCAUACGAUUCUUUUUGGAGUGACAAUGCACGACAAAAUAUCCACGUUCUUCGCAAAUCUGAUAUUGAGCUUAUCGAUUUUGGCUCAGCCACAUUUGAUCACGAACACCAUAGUACAGUUGUGUCUACACGUCAUUAUCGUGCUCCUGAAGUUGUUCUGGAAUUGGGCUGGUCUCAACCUUGUGAUAUUUGGAGUUGUGGUUGUAUAAUAUUUGAACUAUACACAGGCAACACAUUAUUCCAGACACACGACAACAAAGAACAUUUAGCCAUGAUGGAAUGUAUAUUAGGUCCUCUUCCGAGCAGCAUGAUCAAAAAAUCAAAAAAAACCAAGUAUUUUAAGAAAGGAGUGUUAGAUUGGGAUACUAGUGUAGAGGGACGGUAUGUUGAAGAUAAUUGUAAACCCCUAUCGGAAUAUCGCACGUCAGAUAGAAAAAUUCACGUUCAGUUGUUCGAUUUACUCGAGAAAAUGUUAACAUAUGAUCCCAGUAAUCGUAUAACUGCAAGCGAAGCUCUUAAGCACUCUUAUCUGGCGCCUUACACUUCCACGAAGUGUAGAAGAGACGAAAGCAGGUGACCAAGCGACUCAAAGAUUAAAUGUUCAUGAAAUUUCAUGUUUCUUGUAAAUAAAAAUGGUUUUCUAAUAAAUAUUUGUCAAUAUAUCUUACUCUUAUAAA